AUUUGAGCAGAAAAUGCACCCCUCACCCACCACUUCGGAUCGCAAUUCCACUACUCUGACUUCUGCUACACACCCAUCUGUAACAAUGGCUUCAGCCCAUGACAGAGCUGUACUUCAGGCCAUCUUUAACCCCACCAGCCCUCCAGGAGACGUCCCGGGAUUAAACCAAGAGCAGGAACUGACAGACGAUGAACACUGUUUAUCUGUCUCCUCCAGACAGUGGCUUUGAGGUUGGGCUACUGCAGCAGGUCAAAGAGCUGGAGAUGGAGGGGGUUGCAGCAGCAGAGGCUGGGGAUUUACCCACAGCUCUGGAAUGGUUCAGCCAGGCCAUAGACACACUGCCGCAGAGAGCCUCUGGCUACAACAACAGGGCCCAGACCAGACGACUCCAGGAGGACACAGAAGGAGCCCUAGAGGACCUGGAGGUUAUCAUUAUGUGUGGGUUCUGUAUUCCUCCAGGAGCCCUAGAGGACCUGGAGCGUGCCAUCGCUCUGAGUGGGGGUGUAGGGCGUACAGCGUGUCAGGCUCUGGUCCAGAGAGGCCUGCUUCUGAGGCUGGCCUGCCAGGAUGAUAAGGCCCGGGAGGACUUCAAGAGGGCAGCCGUCCUGGGCAGUGAGUUCGCCCGGCAACAGGUAGUGGUUCUGAAUCCGUACGCUGCCCUCUGCAACCGCAUGCUGACGGAGGUCAUCAACAAGCUACGCAACCCGGAGGUGUCAGAGACAAAGUAGUCAAAGGACAAGACUUACCACCCCAACACUGGCAAACCAAAUAGAUUUGUAUCACUUGUGCAUGCAUUAAAUGUUGUCUUGAGAAAUUAAUUAAUAAACGUUUACGUUUUAUUGAAGGUGAAAGAUUU